AUGCCUGACAUCACGACACUACCCAUUUAUCCGCCCGCCCAGGAACGGGAUCUGGGCGACGACGCUAUCCCAAGCCAUCCGCUGGGUGUCAAACCCAGUGGAAAUGCAUUGUUGGCCACCUACAAUCUCCGCGAUGCGAUUGGACAGUUUCGACGCUUACCGGACGAGUUGAUCAUCUUGCUGUUGGAGAGCUUCAGCGGUACCGAUCUACUGCGCAUCGGGCGAACGUGCAAGGCCUUCUAUGCAUUUACACGUGCCGAGGAAUUGUGGAAGGCCCUUUUUGUUGAAUCACACUUGGAGGGAUUUACAUGGCGAGGAACAUGGCGAUCAACUUAUCUUAACCUGCCACCCUCCAAAGUCCCCAUGGUGGACUGUUCCCAUCUUUAUUCCGAUGUGCUCUAUCGUCCCUUCAACUGCGCACACAUUGCGCUAGAUCCCUAUGUCCGUAACAUUCCCGUACGGAAUCAGAUCCCACGAUUGUCUGAUCUAUCACCCGAGGAUUUUGAUGCCGAUUGGGCAGACCGGCCCUUUAUCCUGACGGAGCCAGUUAAGGCCUGGCCGGUCUACAAGAACUGGUCGGUCGGCACACUGCUCUCUCGGUAUGGACAGGAGAAAUUCCGGGCGGAGGCUGUGGACUGGCCAUUGCGCACCUAUGGCGAUUACAUGGCCGACAAUGCGGAUGAGAGCCCGCUUUACUUAUUCGAUCGCGCGUUCGUGCCGAAGAUGGGCCUGACAGUAGGCCAGCCCGACCAGACCCCUGAUGCCUCAUACUGGCCGCCGGCAUGCUUUGCGGAAGACCUUUUUUCGGUGGUGGGGAGCGACCGGCCGGACCACCAGUGGCUGAUCGUGGGACCCGAACGCUCGGGCAGCAAAUUCCACAAGGAUCCUAACGCAACCAGUGCGUGGAACGCGGUGCUGCGCGGGCCGAAAUACUGGAUUAUGUUCCCAUCGGGUGAUACGCGACCGCCGCCCCCGGGUGUUUUCGUGUCGGAUGACCAAAGUGAGGUCACUUCUCCGCUCAGCAUCGCCGAGUGGCUUCUCAACUUCCAUGCUGAAGCUCGUCGAAAGCCGGGCUGUAUGGAGGGCAUCUGUGGAGAAGGCGAGAUAUUGCAUGUCCCGUCGGGCUGGUGGCAUCUGGUGGUGAACCUGGAGGCCUCGAUUGCCAUUACCCAAAAUUUCAUUCCCCGGGCCCAUCUUGGGGCUGCCUUGGACUUCAUGUUGAACAAGGCGGACCAGGUGUCGGGAUUCAGGAAGAACGUGCAGAAUCCAUAUGAAAGGUUUGUCGACGGCAUGCGUGAGACAUAUCCCAACCUUCUGGAGCAAGCGGAAGAGCUACGGAAGAAGGCAGAAGGCAAAAAGCGGAAAUGGGAGGAUAUUGUCCGUGGAAAAGCAGAAGGGGAGGCUGGGGAUGAAGCCCCAGAGGGAGGCUUCAGCUUUGGCUUUGGAAAUGAUGAUAGUGAUGUUGAAGUCCCAUGA